CCCCGCCAGCUCGAGGCUCUGGAAGCCGUUUUUGCUCAGACCCACUACCCCGAUGUGUUCACCAGGGAAGAGCUGGCUAUGAAAAUCAACCUCACGGAAGCCAGGGUGCAGGUGUGGUUCCAAAAUCGAAGAGCUAAAUGGAGGAAAACAGAGAGGGGUGCUUCUGACCAAGAGGGUUCUAAAGAAACAAUGGCUGAGGUGGCACCUCCUGCGAGGAAUUUAAAUUCCCCUUCUCCAGCAGAACAAACCAGGAAUAAAAAAGAGGGUCUGGAGAUCCAGCAGAGCCUGAGUCGAGCAGUGGGUCCUACAGGACCUUUCUUCCCUUCCUGCCUGCCGGGGACUCUUCUCAACACAGCCACCUAUGCACAAGCUUUAUCCCAUGUUGCCUCUCUAAAAGGGAGCCCACUGUGCUCGUGCUGCGUUCCAGACCCCAUGGGCCUCUCCUUCCUGCCCACCUACGGCUGCCAAAGCAACCGCACCGCCAGCGUGGCUGCGCUGCGCAUGAAGGCCCGGGAGCACUCGGAGGCUGUGCUCCAGUCUGCCAACCUCCUGCCCACCACCAGCAGCAGCCCCACUCCUCCCACCAAACCCGGCCCCGAGAGCAGCCAGGACAAGCUGCCCUCUCCAGCCAAGGAGCACAUGGAAGGGGAGAAGAGCGUAUGAGACCGGACCGGCACCGGCCCCUCAGCUGAGGGCAGGGACCCGCUGCCAGGGGUCUGCCACGGGGUGAACUACAGUGUGGCCAUGACCCAGCAGGAUGUCAUGGGGCCACCAGGGACCCAGCAAAUCUGAGUGGCCUCUUUGGCUGCCUUUCACGCACCCUUGCUUUUCUUGCGCCGCUGUAGGUCCAUUCCCUUGAUUUAUCAGCACUAUCUGUGUUUGGAAACAUUUGUGAAACUGUUUUUAGCUCCCCCCUCCACAUCCCAGGGGCACUGAAACAUCCAGGAUCCUGGCUUGCUCCCACACAUCUCAGCUUCCCAUCCCGUGUGAGGUGGAGGGCUGGCAGCAGGGCAGCACUUUCAGAUACAAGGUCUGAGGCAGGAGAGGCAUCCAGGCAUCAUUUACCCCACCACGCACAACAGAGGUGAAGGAAUAUGCAGGUAUAUACCAAUUUGGCCUGCUGUUUUCUGAUGGCAUUUGACUUCAGUCAAAUCUAUCCCAGGCAAAGCCAGGUGUAAGAGAAGCAGAAAAUAGAACAAAAUUCUUCAGAAUUUUUUCCUUCUCUCUCCUUUUCCCCAAAAGUGAAACUUUUCAUGAGUAGAUUGCUGGGAAGUUUCUGAGAUCAGUUUACCUGUGAAUAAAAUCCUUGCACUAGUCCCUGUGUGAACAUCAGUCUGCUAGUCUUGCCAUUCCCUGGAUUAGACAUAAAGGACACAUGACUGCAGAGCAGCAUUCAUAGCUUCAAAUGGUAAUGCUUUUAGUUAUUGGAGAGUGCAGUUGUGUCUAGAUCUGCACAAAGCUGAGGGUAUUUUAGCAUCAUUCUCUUGGAAAGAAAGACUGGAGAACAAAAUAAUCCUGCAUUGCAACACUGCAAAUAUGUGCUUGCAUAUUUUGUUUUUAAUAAAGAGAAAAUAAAGCUUGGAAGAAUAUUCCUUUAUGCCAUCCAAAAUCAGAUUAUUCCAUUCACUGAAGGCUUGUAAUGAAUCUAGAUAUGAAAAUGUCUUAAUUAUUACAGAGUGGGCACAGUGCAAAGGAGAAAUUGGUGCCUCAGGAAAUACAGUUUUAUCUCUGACCCAAAACUCCCCAAAGCAAAGCAGACUAAUAUCUGAUGCUCUAGAGCAGGCAUUUCCAUCUGGGGUGCCCCACAUUUUUUUCAUGGGAAAUGUACAUGCAGAUUUAAACUUAGUGACAUGGAUUUGUUUUUCUUAGGUGCCUUUUGCAGACUCUUACACUUGUCCACAGAUGUCCCUGGAGAACAGGGUGAAACCACUGCUCUGAGCCUUGACCAAGUAACGUGGAGGCUAGUUGACUCCUGUCAGCUCUGAUUCUGCAUAUUGUGCUGAGGACCUCCUGCAAUGCACUGAGCACAUGCUUUUACAUGGGGUUGUGUGUGGCUUCUCACAGGAUCUGAGGUUGGCUAUGUGCUUAGAAAGGCAAUCCUGAGUAAGAUUGGCAGCAAAAAUCUCUCUCCCCCACCUAACUGAUCUCAGCUGACAAUUUCACAGAAUCUGGGACUUCUCUAGGGUUUGCAGAACUUUCC